UUAUUUAUGCUCCUACCAAACACAUCCCCCAAGUAAAGUCUUCAAAAUCUGACUACCGUAAAGACAAAUUAGUAUCGAUGCUGAAUUAUUAAUGAGAAUAGACGAAUCCGAUCCGUUACAUUAUAUCUUCCUUAAAUAUAAAUACAGCACCACAUAGAAGCACGUAUUUAUAGUAAGUGCAUUGGAACUUUUUUUUUUUUUUAAUUUCUCAUUUGGUGCUUCGAAUCGAUUAUAUAGAAGCAUAUAUUCAUAUAUUUAUAGUGUGUGCAUUGCAUUCAAUCACUCCAAUGGAAUCCCCAUUCUCUUUUGUCGAUCUUCUUCCCAAAUUCACUUUAAUUUCGUAUUAAAUGCAGGAAAUUAUAAGGUCGAAAACAAAAUUAUAUCAAAUCCUCCAUAUUCAGUGAAUGCAAAUUCAACCUAAAUAAAAAGAAAAAGCCAUAUUUUCACUGAAUCACUUCACAACACCAUGGAAUCUCAAUAUCCUUUAUUCUCCACCAUUGUUACUCUCUACACUAUUAUUUUCAUAUAUUUUCCAACUAUUGCUGCUUCUCCACUCAUCAUUUCAACCUCUCUUCUGUUACUUUCUCUGCUCAGACUCGGUGCAGCUCAGAGAAUUUCACAGAAGAACAACAAAAAACCCGAAUUCGAGAUGUUAUGUCUACAAAAUCCGCCUGAGUUUGGUGAUAGUAUCAAGUGUGAGAAUGAUUUGGUGCUUGACCCGGAUCCGGACCUGGACCCAAUUGAUUCUGAUGUGGAUUCUUCCAAUUGUGAAAAGUAUUCGGUGUUUGAACCGACUUUGGAACAGAGAAACGAAUCCAGUGUGGACACAAGUUGUGAAGAGGAUUCGGUUCUAGAACCGGAAUCGAGACGGUUUUAUGGGGAUUGCUUUGUGGAGUGGAAUGUGAGGGCGCCAUUGGAGGUGAUAUACGAAGCGUAUGAAGGAGAAGAAGACGGGGAAUAUACAGAGGAGAAGAGAGACGAAGAGUUGAGGGUUAUUGAGAAGUAUGCUUCGUUGUCGAUGUACUACCCGGAAACGGAUACGGAUACGGAUAGUUCGUCGGACGGGGAUUCACCGGUUAUCGGGAACUGGGAUUCGCCGGAGAAUGUGUGUUUUCAGUGGGACGACGAAGAUAGAGAAGAGUUGAUAGAGAUUGAAUUGGAUUGCAAGAGAAAUAGCGAAAUCGAGGAAGAGAAUCUAAUCGAGAUUGAUCUAAGUCCGGCGAAUUUCCCGGUGAGAUAACUCGCCGACGGGAAUAUAGUGUUGGGUUUUAGUUAACUGUAAUUAACUAAUUUUAACGAUAUUAAAAAAAAGGCUUUUUUGGGGAUUUUCUAUUUUUUACUUCUUUUCCUAUUUUAGAAAAAAGCCUAAAAGAGGUUUGUUUUGCGUAAUUUAAGUGUGUAUUAAGCCCUUAACCCAAUGAUAUAUUGAUGUGAUAAAUGAAAUGACGAAAAAGACCUUACGAGUUUGAUUUUUUCUACAAAUCAAAUCUCUAAUU